CAAUUUGGACCAUCCCUCUACCUGAUCCCGAUCUGCUAAUGCCUAGCCUAAUCAUGUCGAGCUACCAUUCUAUAAGAGUAUUGAACAGAUUUCCCAUUAUACGGCACUUCGGGACUAAGUCCGAACCGUUGCUUAUGGUUGUUGGUGGGGCUGUCAUGGAUAUUACCAGCACAUUUGCGAUGGAGACAGCUGUGGAUAUUAAAUCCCCCUCCUCCUUCCUCCAUACAUCUUGCCCAGGCACUGUGCGCCAGAAUCUAGGUGGUGUCGGCCGUAACGUUGCUGAGGCAGCAUAUAGGUCUGGAACAGAUACAUUGCUCGUUUCGGCGGUGGGAAGUGAUCUUGCGUCGAAAAUACUCAUAGAUGGCAUCAAGAAAAGUGGCAUGAGAGUGGAAGGUAUACGUCAAUAUGGUGGAGAGACCACAGCAGUAGGUGUCAUUUUUCAAGAAUGGUUAUUGGUCUUUUGUUUAAUUAUGUUGUACCAGAUUUACAACGCUCUCCAUUCACCUGAUGGACAAUUAAUUAGCGCAGUGGCAGAUAUGAAUGUUUUCAAGAUGAUCACAUCUAGUCAGGUCCUGGCUGCCCUGGAGUCGCAUUCGCCAAGUUUAGUAUGCUGUGAUGGCAAUUUAGAACCAAAUGUGCUAUGUGAUACAGCCCGCAUUGCAAGCAAUUUGAACAUACCAGUCCAUUUUGAACCAACAUCCAUACCAAAGUCUCUAAAGAUUUUCGAAGACACUGCUACUCUAACGGCUGGAUGCUUCAAGUCCAUAUCACCCAAUCAGCACGAACUGGCCGCCAUGUCAAACACUGCAAGAGAAGUCCUACCUGAAGUAGAAGAAAGAUACAAAAUGAGUGAAUUAACCAAGCAUCAGCUGGACGGCCUCCCUGACACUGCAAUAGAAUGCCUCCCAUACGCCCUCCAUCUUUCAAACUUCUUCCGAGUCAUUGUUACCAAACUUGGAGAACAUGGAUGUCUAAUCACAGGGCAAGCAAAUGGAAAGCCAGUUCUUCGGUAUUUUAAACCGCAUGCAAUUCGUUCCGACCAAAUCAAGAGCGUCACUGGAGCUGGAGACAGCUUUGUAGGAGUCAUGUUGUCUCACUUGAACAGAAACUUAUAUUGCUUGAAGGACUUGGAACAUCCAUACUGGCAAGAAGUCAUACACCAUGCGCAAAAUGCAGCUAUUCGUACUCUUCAGUCUCAUGAUGCUGUUGGAGUUUAGCAUUUCCCAUGUGCCCUUUUAAAUUUGGAAAGCGAAAAAAGUAUUUGACAAAAGCGAAAAGAUGGUCCCAGUCGUAAUAUUACAACAAAAACUGACAUCCAACAAAUUAAUACUUUUCUUUUAGUUGAUAUUCUUCUUGGUUAUAAAUGGACAGACGUUGAUGUACAUAGACGUUUAAAAUUGAGUAGCUGCUCCUCUAAGAACAAUAAUGAAUACAAAUAGUACGAAUUUGUGAGCGUCA